AGUCGAAGGAUCAAUGGGCACGGAGAACAUCUUCCACAGGGCACUGCUUUUCUGGAGUUUUCAGGAGAAAUUCGUCAAUCAGCGACUAGAGCUGGCCAAGGACGUCGGGAUGCCGUACAAGCCGCUGGCGUCCAAGGGCAACACUGGUAUCGAGCUGAACCCAGGUAGUGUGCCGCAGCUGCGCAAGAAGAGCACCGAUGGCAGCCUCAACACGUCGCUGUCGAGCAUCCUCUCCUGCAAGCUUCGUGAAGGCUACGCCCUGCGGAGCAUCUCCACGGCCAAAGGAGAACUGGAAAUCAAGCUGGUACUUCCGUGGAAGUUCGAUGUUAACAUCGAGUAUGUCGUCAUGGUUCCAUGGCAGUCUUCAAGCAAGAGUCGGGAUUCGCCGGGGAGUGGCUCACGGCCCAAGCAGCGGGCAGGCUGCAAAUUCGAGGUGUGUGUGGAGGCCAGCUACGACUUCCUUCACGAUGUCACGUGCGAGUACUUCAAGCCCAACAAGACUCGUAGCCCCUUUCGGCUCAUGGUGGCCCAGCAGUACUGGAAUGUACUCAAGAACAUCUCGAGUACAGACCAGCUUCUGGUUCACCUGCACUCAUUCAACCAGAACCCGGUGCACUACUCGGUGCCUGAGAGCUUCCGCAAUGGUGUUCCAGUUUUUGUGAUGCCUCCCAACACUUCUGGGCAUCCUGUCCUCUCCUCCAAUGUGAAGAACAACAGUGCAUAUGCACCUUUUGUGACCUUCUGGAAACCGGUGUGCAUGUUGGACAUCAGCGUCUGGCAGCGUUGGAUGCACAUGCAUCGCGUGGGCAUGCUCCUGGAACACGACCUGCCGCUGCCCAAACACCUGCAGCAGCCCAACAGCAGUGGUCGCUAUGACUCUGUACAAUGCCGCCAAGCCUUGCACCGUCUGUUGGCCCUGCUCCGGGACCGCUCCAGCUUUGUGCUGGCUGACGGACACUCCUACGUCACCUUCCUCGGGGAAAGUGACAAACCUCCAAUGUCCUUCUAUGUGACUCGUGUGACGUACAAGGCGCCCUGCGUGGUGAUCAGAUUUGCCUUUUUGGGUGGCACACCGGGCGAGCAGCGCAAUGCUAUUGUGAGGGACAUGACUCAGCAGAUCCUGAGCCUAGAGCUGAGCAAACGUGUUGCCAAGGAUGCGCACUCGGAUGGCGGCCUCUGCAUCAGACCUCCUGGGCCGCGAACCUACCGCAAGGCCAGUUGCUGCAUCCUCUUCCGCAAGCCCCUCGAAAGGAUCCUCAUCAGGCACGAGAAGAUGCCAAAGGACAUUCUCAGCCCCAUUGUGGCGCUCAUGGACGUGACGCUGGCCCACCCGCUUCUGCACACAACUCCGCACCUGCACCGGCAUUCGAGCAGCGGGGCCAGCGGCUCUUUGGCACGCAAGGCGAACGGCAUCACUGCCGUGGUGGACCCGACCGGCCAGCUGAGCCGAUACCUCCACCAUCGGCGGUGGAUCUGGACGGUGCAGCGGCUGCCCAGCGUGCCCCUUCCCCUGCACGCCAUCACCCGCAUCCUCAAGACCCUGGCAAAAAUGCGCCUGGAAGAAGGCUUUCAUUUUGCUCACUCAAGCUCGGGCAUCUUGAACAUGGCCCUGGAGAUUGAAAUGAAGAAUACGGUGACUGGGGGCUCCUCGGAAGCCUCCCUGCUUCCCUGUGUGGUGCAGUACAUGCUGUUUCCCCCGCACUCAAACACCACGAUUCGGGAAAGCCUCUCGGAUGACGAGGACAAUGAGAUGGAGACGGCCGAGGCCGACGGCGAGCUGCAGUUGGUAACCGAGUGCUGGGUGGAACCGCAGUGUGGUGUUGUGGUCAACAGUCCAGUCUCCAGCUCCUACCUGGACGGCAAGCAGUACACCGAGAUCCCGAAAGCACUCUUUGAAAUGGAUUUUGAAUGCCUGUCCUCACUCAUCACGCUGGAGCAUCUGAACCUGAGAUGCCUCAAGCCAGACCUGGCUCACCCGAUGGGCGCACACUCUCAAUGUCCACUGCCACCAACGCCACCGGUCACGCCCACCUUAGCUGGAGCUCAGCCAUCAUUUGUGUCUCGCUCCACGCCUGACAUCACACUGGCACAGAACAUGCCCUUGCUCCAACCUGUAGCACCAGAGCCUGCAGUGAGUGUGGUGCCAUUUCCAUUCAGCAUCAUGAAGUUGCUCUCCAAGUGCCAGCAGACUGAGAUCCUCUUCUCCACCUUCAUCCAAGAGCUGAGGCCCCUUGACCCGGACGGUGGGAAAAACCACCCCGUGGACUGCGAGGGGCGUCCGCGUCCUCAGCCGAAUGACCUUCUCUACGAGCAGCUACUGGACAACCUGCAAGCAAUACAUGAUCGCGAAGUACCACUUGGGCCCGAGGAGCAGGCAUUGCUGCCAAACGAGAUACACAACCGCCCACGUGACCAGCACGCUUAUCCCGUGCCAUUUGCUGUGCCUCCUGUGCAGGCGACUCCUGUUGCCUGGCGCUGCUUUGUGGCCAGCUUCUCCAGUGCCAACAGCUCUUCCGGAAGUAGCAACUCUUCCACUCCCAAUUCGCAUGUGGUCCUCACCUUCAUUCCUGCCACAUUUGAAAACCUGCAGCGCCUCAUGAGGCGCCCAGAGGAUGAAAUCGCCUCUCUUCAGGCCGAGGCUCAUCCCACUCAUGGCAGUUGCAGCACUGGUGGCGUGCCGAAAGACUACGCCAUGUUGCAGACCGAGUCCUCGUCCGAGCCAGCAGCCACCAGCAGCUUUGACCGCGAGGCUCCCACGUCAUCGGCCGCAGAGGAUCUCGCCACUGGUGAAGUGUGCGACUCGUACGACGGGAUGGAAUCUCAUGCUUUUCGGCAGCUAACGAGUUCGCACUCCGACCCGGCGCUGUCUUCACGCGGCGCCGAGAAGCACGAAUCGUUGCCACGGCAACGAUCGGCUGACUUGCCCGACCUCAACAGCCACAGUCGGCACAGGACCUCAACGCCGUGCCCAGAAGCCGCAAAGGACGACGAUGGUAGUGCGUCUCCGAAGUCGCAAGAAGGCGAAAGGCCCGCUCUCCACAUGGCAUCUGUGAGUCUUCCGGUGUAUGUCUACGACGCACCGGUGUCAGCGGUGAUUGGGCGGCUGGUUUACCAAGGUGGCGUGAGGCAGUGGAAGGACACGUACCUUGACUUGACGACACGGUCGGAAGAGAAUACACGAGCUGGAUCUGAGCCCGGUUGGGUGGAGUACAAAGCAGAUGGCUCAGAAGGCUCGCCUUAUAAGACCAUGUCACCAGAGCCCAAAUCAGAUGACUCUGAGCUUGGCAGUGACCGCUUUCCAGCUAGAAAACACUGUUCACGCCUGCGCAAGGCUUUCUCCAAGAGCUUUGUGUAUGGAUUGUUCAGAGCACUAUGCGAGGGACUGCCCGUGGACAUGCAAGACGUCUCGACCGUUGUGGAGGACGCUUGCGAGGAGACCGCGCUCACUCUCGACAUCACGGAGUUCAUCCAAGCGAUCUGCGGUCACACUCGGGACUUCCGCAUCAAGUCCACCGUAGAACACUCCCACCGAGCAAGCACAGAAGCUCCUCGACACGAGGGCGUCGGCAGCAACGAGGCCAGUUGCGAAGGUGUCUUGGUUCUGCCCGUUGAAGAAGCAGAUGCUGCAAUUGGUGCAGAUGAAAGCCGGCGCACUUCAAGUGAUGGGGUCAGCAGCCUGUUCCCGGUGAACCUGCUCAAACGCCACCACCCGUGCGACAUUGUUCAGCAGCUGCACCUGAGCAUCAAGCAACGCUUCCAGGAGCUGCUCGAGGAGGUGUUUCAGCGCAUCCCCUCGCACCCGGACUACUACUACUUCUGCCCUCCGUGCGAACCACGAACCUUGUGGGGGCUGACUGAGCGAGCCAGCAGUGGUGCUCGGCCCAAUGCUGACGCACUCGCCGAGGAGGGAGGAGCACUUUGCGACUGGGACGAUACUGACACGGAUCGGUCUCACAAUGUCGAAUUCUCCAUGGAUGCCGAACCUGUAGCUGACGUCGGCAACUCGGGUGAUGAGAAGGGAGCAGCUGCAGCACUGCAUCCAAAACCGGACCCUGCCAUUGCAGCUGAGAUCACGAGCAUAGAGUCCUGCGCUGGGUCGGCACGAUCACCCCCAUCACCGGGCGAGGAGGAUUCUGGUGACGAGGAUGAAGAAGACGACGAGGAAGUAAUGGAGACCAUUCGAGAGGCCGAGCCCAUGGUUCCGCCCCUGUUUGCUCAUCUGACGUGCUUGGUGACAACCAAAUCGGGCUGCGGUUCGUGCUCACUGACCUCACUGCCGACCUGCCUUGGGGAAGUGAUCAGCUGUCUUGACGAGUCCCAGCCUGAAGUGGACCUCGAAAGCAUCAAGAUCCGUCUAGACUUCCUCUGCUUGACGUUGCCCCCGGAUGUUGAGAAGCUGGCGCCUGGAGACGCCCGCCUGUCGUCAUCGUCAAUCAUGUUUGAUUCAGAGAAACAGCGUCAAGAUGAGGAUGCAGAAAGCAAUGCCUCUAUUGGCUAUCACUUGGAGGUUCCGAGGGACCCACUUCACCACUUGCCUGAAUUUCAGAAUGAAGUCAUCAGCAGGUGCAUUGAAAAGCUGAAGUGGAUGCUGAAGGAUGAGAUGGCCUCGGCAGCCCUCAACAGCUUCCCGCUGACAGCGGAGGCAUUGCACAUGGUGGCUGAGCAUGUCCGCAGCACUGCGGAGGCACGCACCACCACACGUUUGCACGCCACUACUGGUGCCCCCGGGUGUCAGGUUCAGAAAGUACCACUGCAGUUUGUGUUUGGGCCGGAGCAGAGUUUCGGCAAGUUCCUGCAGGAAUUCAAGCACCUCACACUGCCAGGCUACCAGCUAGAGCAAGUGGAUAAAGAUCACUACUGCGUUGUUUUAGACGACAAAGAUUCCAAGGUGGUGCGGAGGCCCUUUGGGUCGCUGGUGCCUCCCCUUGGGCUGAGAAGCAAGGCACUGGAAAUGACAACAGCGUUGCCUCACGAAAAGGCAGGUGCUGACGCCGCCGAAACGAGGGGGUCGCUCCAGAAGUCCAUCGGCCCGGACGCCAAAUUAUCAGAUGAAGAUGAGUCUGGUGACGGAGGGGUGCCACAGACGUCUUUCCGGGCGUGGCGACGUCAGACUGGAAAAAGCGCACGAACAAAGAGCGCUGAACGUCGCCUGGAACGUGCGUCAUCACUGCCGCUGGACUCUUUGGUGACGUCAGAGGAGCCAAAGCCAGAAGUUCGGGUUCCAGGGGCAUCGUGUCCGUUGGAGUUGCUCGACCUGAGACGGAAGCUUCAGGAGGAAGCCGGAGCUCCCGAAGCCAACAGUGCCACAGCCGAUCACGGUGCCAUUCUGUCAUCAGAGACCAUUGUCCAGGAGCAAAAGGCAGCUGAGAACCAGGAGCCAGCCGAAGCUCCCGUAGAGCUCGCGGAAGAGAGUGGCUCCUCGGAACAGCAAGAUGGAGGAUUCCGAGACCGCACCGACAGCUUAGCCUCAUCCCUGGGCCAUGGCAUGGCAUUCCGACCACCGCAACACCUACUGGAGUCAACGCGGUCCACGCCGAAUGCACUGAGUGAAGUUGGCGGACAGAUCAGCAACACCGAGGAUGGCUACGAUGGUGACAGCAGCGAAUCGGACAGUGACCGCGAUUGGAUGAACGCGUUGGAGACCCAGCGUUCCCACUUGCCUCCCUUCUGGAUGAUUCUCUGCCCAUUCCUCGACCAUGUCGACAUCUUUUUCCACGUUCGGGAGCAGUCGGGAGAGAGUACAGAACUCAGGCAGGGCUUGGUCGUCUUUGAGAGCAUUGUGGCACUGAUCCAGGACACCUGCAAGAUUGUCAAUCAGAUCCUGCUGCUUCAGCAUCUUAACAACACGCGCAUCUGCAACCGGCUGCUUGUGCCUGAAGCGACUGAGGAUAUCUGGAACCGAGAGUCUGAGAUUGAGCAGAACAGUAGCAUUGUGUCGGUGUACGACAACGACGGUUCGGGUGAUGGCCACGGUGACUACCUCGAGGCCACUCUCAAGUUCAAGCCGGGUGCCUUUGACUGCAGCAUAGUGUGGUCCACCCACUUCAGUCUUCAUCCGCGCCUGAACACGGGAACCGGAACCGGACGAAGUGGCAUCUCUCGAGGCUUGCAAGCCCUGAGAGCUGUCCUGACUGGCUUUUCAGUGAACAACCGCAAGAACAUGUUUGUCUACCAGGAGAACUCAGGCUCCGUCUUCUAUCUGCGGCUUCACGAAAUGCCUUGUCAUGGACGACAUGGCCGUGCUGAAGAUGACGUGUCAUUCUCAGGAUCAAGGAGUUCCUCUCUGGUCAGCUUGGUUCAAAAAAAAGCUGCUUGCGAUCAAGAGGAGGAAUUUGAAUUCCGACCGCGGUUGAGCUCCGGCCACUCCGAUCGGGACCAGUCUCACGAUACUGUCAGCGUGACAUCACACGCCUCGGGCAGCCGCAACAAGCCACACCAGUGCGUUGUCAUGAACGUGCACGGCAUUGUCCAACCCGGCUUUGCCAUCAAGGAGGAACUAGUUUCGGUCAUGCAGAAUCGUUUGGACGAUGCAGUCUUGGAAGUCCUCACGACCACCUUGGCUCGAAACCCUGCGUGCAACCUCACCAUUGAUGAUGUUCAGUUCAUCCAAAAGCCUCAGAAGGAGCCCACGACGCAGCUGUACUGCACCGUUCAGGCUCAGCUGCUGCCCUACCUCCAGGCACUGAUGGAAUACUUGCGCCAAGACCUGCACACUUUCCUGCCAACACCGAAAUACACUGACCCAAAACCAGAGAACCAUUUCAAGCCAUAUGUGGAACACCCAGCACAUGCGUUGUACAAGGACGAAGACGUCUUUCUCUUCAAUCGAUUCAUGACCAGGGGCACUCCCAGCAACGGGAUUGCCUGCAUCAUACUGUCCGUGGUGGAUGCCCAGGGACGGCCAGUGCAGUUCCUGAACAGCCCACUGCCUAAGGUGGGUGCCUUCAGUGGCACCGAGCCGCCCACCGAGUACCAGGAAGUGUCGUUUCUUUCUCGGGAAGAGGUUGGUGAUGCUGGUGCUGACGGCACGCCUGGGCCAAUGGCGAUGAUUCGCUUCCAAGUGUGGUGCGUGGGCAAGGACUACCAGGAGCACCUGGUGCAGCGCCUGCAGAGUACGGUGCAGCACGCCUACUGGGACGUCCUGAUGGAGUACCGCCUCCUCACCUGCCCAAUCUUCCACGAGGCCUACGACGAGGAAGAGCCCGCCUGCUUCAGCGAGCCCCCAACGCCCGUGAAAGUGCGCAGGUCAGGUCGUGUCCUUGCUGAGCAAGCACGUGACAAGCCCUCCCUAUUCAGCAUGUUCGCCUCCCGGGGCAAAGAAAUGUCCUCUUCUGUGCCCGACGUUUCGGAGAAAGUCAAAUCACCCAAAGAAAACCCGACAGAGUUUAAUUUCUCUGAUUCGCUGUUUGCCGAUGUUGCACCAUCUCUGCCGACUGGCGGCACCAAGGGCACCGUGCGAUCUAUGGAGGCAGAGUCUGUUGCAUCUGAAACCUGGGCCUCAAGCAGCAGCAAGACAUUAAACACCAUGUUUCAGCACGGGGUUCAUGGGUUUCUCGAAGGCGGAGUGGAAAUUCGUGUACCCAGCUUGGUUGUACACCGCUGCUCUGUCAAGGCCCGACGAGCCGUCCCACUGAUCUUGAAGGAGUUCCAGAAUGGCCUCAAGAACCUCGCCCCCGAAAUUUCACUUGCCAUGUUCACGGAGGAGAGCACGAGUCGGUCCACUGAGUUUGUCCACUUCAACCCGCUCGUUAAGCACUCUAUGUUUCCAGAGAAAUAUGUUGAAACGGCAGUUCCCGGCAGCCAGCGAUGCUUCAUUGUUGUCGGUCGGGACAUGGCCCAGUGGAAGGCAUUCAUGGGGAUCUCUAGCUUGUCAGCAUACAUCGAGAGCCACCGGGUGACUAAAGGCCACAAGUCCACUCAGCUUUUUGAGCCACACAUACUGCCAAUGACAACAUCUCUGGAAACACCAGCCCUCUGCCGAACGCCGAGCACGCCAUCAUCGGUGCCACCAACCAUCGUCGCACCGCCAACCAUCGUUGCGCCGCCAACCACUCUUGUGCUGCCAGAAAAGGCCAAGAACCCCACUGUGGGGGUGGACACUGGGGAUGUUCGGCAGCCUGCGUUGAUACCGCGGCAGCGGCUGCUCUUUUUGCGAGUCAAGGACAAGUCUCUGACCCUGUACCUGUACAACUGGACGUCCGACCAGGGCCAGGAGCUGUUCAAACUGUUGGGCCAACUGGUUGAGUGGCAGGACCUGCGCAAUGACUUUUUGCGCAGCAUUGUCGUCCAAAAGAUGGGACUGUUCUUCCACCAACCGUCGGUGACUGCAACAGCUCCGUGCCCACGACAACAGCUGCAGCAACAGGCCGUGGCUGGUCCCCAGCUUCGCAGCAUGGCUGUAGCGACCCAGACCCCAGCACUGAUGUCCGGCGUGACGAGCAACCUGUGGGGUUUUUUGGACAACAUGAUCUCGCGCCACAACCCUCCGAGCCGCCACCUAGAGGCCACAACUGCAGCAACUAAGCUAGCGGUGCACAACAUCGUCGGGCAGGUCCUGCGAGGCGUGAAACCGAGGACGCCGAUGCAGGCAGCCUCGUACGCAACUUGUGACGACCCUGUGAUACGACACGGACGUCAGGUGCAGGACAUGCGAGGGCUACGAAGAAGAGAACUUGUGGAAUUUCAUCGCAUCUAUGACGACAAGGGCACCAGUGCCAACCUUCUUGUCAUGGAGAAGAUGCUGGCUCAGGUGAAGAAAGAGGCACGCCUGGUCCACUACUGCCUCACACCGCUGCUGUUCAGUCCUACGUGGCGGCUCAAGGUUGCCCAGGUGCGAGACCACACCCUCGAGGCUGCCAUUGCAUCCGGCAUGCCAUGUGACUGCCCCGCCUCGCAUGACCAACAACCACCCACAGGCCAGCGCACACGGCACAGUUCCGGCGGCAGCCAGAAGAGUGUCGGCGGAGAUGUGUCUAACGUUGCAGCCUCGCGAAGGAUGCGCCGGUCAAGUGGAGUGCCCUCGGUCACCUCGGGUGGCAGCGGAGGGGCCGGCGGCGGGCAGCAGUUGUCGCCCAAGCAGCACCGGCGCUCCACCAACGAGGAGACGUGGCACAUGACCGUGUGCAGCCACUACAUCCAGGAGUACAUCCAGUACCUACAAAACCUGGGAUUCAUGGCUAUCCAGACCAAGCACACCGCAUCGCGCAAGUCCAGUGCGAUGUCAGUGCGGAGGCGCGAGUCGGAGUCCAGCAACAAGCGCCAGAGCGUGGGAACGCUCGCUGUCGGAGAGUUGCCGCGUCACUGCCUCUUCCAGUGGCACCUGGGUGGCCUGUACUUCUUCGAGGUGGGCUUCUGCGACCCGUACGUUGCGUGCAACCUGUUUCUCGUGGAACGGCAACGCCUCCUGCCAUCCGGCACCCAGCUCUACAUGUCACAGGUGACAUCCGAGUUCAUCGAGGACAUGGACAAGAUCCGAGUGAACAUGCACAUGCACUCGUUCACCUACGACUACCACCUGCGCACGAUCCACUCGUACAUUUCGGGCCAGCAGCUGCUGUUCAAACACGGCUACCACCUGACCAGCUUCUUGGACGACUUUGUCAAGUACUACCAGAAGUCUCCCAACUACGCGCGCAACCUCAUUUAUGCAGGCUCUGUGGUGAUCCCAAGUGUGAACGUAGCACCCAACCAACUGUACAACUACAUCAUCGGCCAUAACAAGCUGUAUGGCAUGAAAGUCAUACGCAUGGUUCCUGUGGUUUGUGACAGCAGCAGUGACUUGGACACCGAGUAUGCCCUGGUCGAGAUCUCCAAUCGGAAAGUGAGCUACCGCGAUGCCAAUGACGUGCAGCAGACGGACAGCUUUUUCGUCGGCAUCCUCACCAUCCACGACACGGCACCGGCAUUUGUCGAACACAACCUGCUCGCCCUGGGCUUCUACAUCCUCCUGACGAGCCAGCGCGAGCUCUUUCCCAAAUUCUCCUCAACCAGUGCACCCCCCGGCAGCAGCACCUCUGGAAACGCCGAUGGCACUGGUGACGGCACCGAGGGCUGCUUCCGGCCCGUCCGUGCACUGGGAGGCACGCCUGGAACAUCACAGCCCACUAGCGCAGUGCCGUCGAGGCGAAGCUCGUGCGUGGUGCCUCCUACUGUGCCGGUGGAGCGCGUGCGAACGCUGACGACGCUGCCCCAACAGCUGGUUCUUUCGCCAGAAGACUUAACGAGCGGUGGCAGUAUCGGGGUGGUGGCUGCAACCGCCAGCAUUCCUUCCGUGGCAUCAUCAAGUUCACUGGGAAGCAGCAAUGCAGGUGGCACAAGGUCGAGGAAGACGUCGUUCCGAGGAAUCUGUGAAGAGGAAGUGGCCUAUCUCGGCUAUUACAGCUCCCACGAAACACUCAUGCAAAAGGUAAUGUCCGAGCAGGCAACAGCCGUAGCCGACCACCUGCGCGAAGUGGUGGCACAGGCCUCGCUGCACUGCCGGCGUGACUACCUCUGGAAGUGCCUGCUGUGGCGUCACAAGAACUCCGAUGACACCGGCACCUCAGUUCGAGAGAACACUGCACGCCUUACAGUCACAUUUUGCCGAGCUCACUGAAUUGCUGAGCUACGUGAAGACUGUGCCACUGGACCAGGUCGACCCGCAACUGGGACCUCUGCUUGCCUCUCACUAUGGCUGGUACCGGGGCCUGCUGCGUGUGCUUAUGCAGCGCUACGCCGACUGCCACUGCCUCUUCGUCAGCCCCGACAACAACGUGCACUACCUGGUGGUCACGUCCCCAACCUGUGCCGACUCAUUCAUUCUUCUGACGAUCAACAAUCAGCUCUGUCGUGCUGAUCUGAGCCUAGUGCAUCGGGAGACCGCGGAGCAAGAAAAGUCAUCCACUCUGCACAGCCUGGUCGAAGAACUCGUCACCACGUGCUGCUUCCACGAGUGGGCUGGCCUGCUCACUUGACAGGACGCCAUGGAGGACUCAGUCCUCCAGAAUGCUUUGUCUUUUCCAGGCCACCUCAUUUGAUUCGGUCAGCGAGAAAUGCGACUCUGACGAAUCAGCAUAUGUUGCGCACCUCGACAGCGUUGACUGUCAAGACGCCCAGGCGCUGAUUGGUUCCCUGUUGUGUUGGGGUAGGUUGCGGCAGUGUUGUUUUGUGAAAUCUAGAUACUGCUCGGCCUAAUGAAAGGCAUGGAUUGUACCAUGUCGUGUAUAUUGUCUAACGUGGUGCUUGUGCCAAUUAGUCGGGCAAGUCAAUUUUGUGCCGAUCACCAUUUGCAAGCUCAAAUCAUCUCCAGCUCUCUGUUUGCCCUUGGUGAUUGUGUGGCAGUCAGUUGAUUAAUUUGAUAGAUCAAGGAAGUGUGUGUUUUAAUUUAUAACAGAACAAAGCAUGGACCUCAGUUGAACAACGAAGUAACUAGCAUCUUUGUGGAUCUGAUUCUUCAUGUAACAGAUGGUUUAUCUCGUCUUGACGUUGCCAUGUCAAAAGCCAUGCAGUUCCAGCAGUUCAGAUUUUAUGUGUUGUUUACCUACAUGUCAAGGUUUGUGUAGUGAUUUGCGGGCGCUUGUAGGAACUGUAGCUAUCUGCCAAAUGGCCUCUCGGGUGCUGAAUAUCAGCAUCGAGGAACUUCAGUCAGUAUUUGGUACACUUUUGUUCAAAUCUCUUAUUGCAUAUCGCAUUUCUUCUAAAGAAUGAUUUGGUUUUACUUGGCACCAUGGCCUAUGGAAUAAUGCCUACAGAACAUUGUUCCAUCUAGUGGGACAUUUGUGAGAGGUUGCCUUCUGCAGUGCUGUUCAGCUGCGGUGUGGUAAGCUGUCGGUUGAAUUUGCGCAGACACCUGCAACACUCCUGUGACAAGUGUUUAUUCAUUAAAUAGCAACCUAGAGGAGCACACUUACAAAACAUUUUUUGUGUGAAAUCAGCCAGGCACCAAUGGACCCGCUUCCUAUUGCCCUAUUGAUCAGCGUAUCUGGCACCAAUAGUGUGUUCUGUGAACGAAACUGAACUGUAUUUUGCGUGGUUAGUUUCUGCUUUUAAGUUCAAAAUACUGUUUUCAUUUACAAGCCACAAAAAAUUGUUUUUUAUAGAAGCUUUUAUUCAGGUCAAACCUUGAUAUAAUGAGCACGAACACAGCCGAGCCCACUUGUAACAAUGUCGGAUGCAAUAUGUCGACAGACAGUGACAAGGGAAACAAGGCUGCCGAUUUUUCGACAUGCUUCAAAUUUUGAAUGCCUUCACGGAACCGUCACGAGGCUUAUAGUGCCAAUGUAUGACAAAAUCUGAAGCUUUGGACACUAAGUCUUUUUCAAGCCUUGGUUUUUUACUCGAACUGUAAGUCCGAAAGUGCAUUAUUUACUGAAGCUGUCGCCACUCGCCCAUCGUAGCGCAUUAUGAAAGUCAGCUUUGCCGCAAUGCUGCGACACUGUACAGUGAAGCAUAUUGCAAAUUUGAAGGCGCGCUGGGCGAUGUUUGGGGUUAAUGGCAGGAGUUCAGUAGCUUCAAUUUCUUGUUUUCUUCUUUCUUUUCAAGGAUUUCACGUUCCAUUAGUGUUUUUCAUAGACACCUAGCAGCCACAAUUCAUUGUUAUGAGUGAUAAUGUCGUGCUGAGGCAUUAUAGUACAGGGGGUUAUUUCGUCGUAGAAAACAUACAAAAGUUGACGAUGCAGCAGUUUCUCAUUGAUAACAAGAUAUCAUAACCAAUAUCUUGUUAAAACCGGCAUCAUUAUAAGAGGGUUAGACUGUACAACCAAUCAUCUGUUUUAAUUGUCAUUGCUUAUAACAAAAUAAACGAGUAGUCUUGUCAUUGUAUUCAUUGACAUGACUAUAUAUUUCUAAUUAACAAUUGGUUUUAACAAAGUCAUUUUUGUCUCGAGUGCAUCUUUCGUUGCAGUGAGGUUUGAACACCUUCUCAGAGGUUUGUUGGCAGUACUUGUGCAUCAUUCACUGUUUGCAUGAGCACAUUGUGAUCGGCAUUGCAGUACAGUCACGAUGCAGCAAAAUACAGACACUGUGGCACAUAGACGUAACACACUAAAAUACACUGAAAGCCGGUUGGUCUUCCCACUGUCCUGCAGUGCUGCUUUAUGAACGCACCAUUUUUUCAGCGCAGGAUGCAAACAAGACAUGAGGGUGUCAUUCUUCACAAGUAUAGAAUGGCUGUAGGCAAUAAUUCUAGACUUCACAAGCCUAGAAUGGUCGUAGAAUAGUUGAAGUUCAAAAGUCGUAUUCUCGCUCUGGGCGAGAAACACCAGCACACAUGUUCCAAUAGAAAUUCUAUUUUGACAUCAAGAAAUUGCAACUUGUUGUCCAGAGGAACUACCGACGUGCCAUAACUUUGCGACCGCAUGUUUCUUGUCAGACUUGGAGAUAUGAAAAUGGUAAAAGAAAAAGGAUACCAAUUUUUUUUUAGUCCUUGACUGAGCAGUCUUCUUGUUGUCAGCCACGCUGCACUUACAUCAUUUGUGCACAUGGAGUAACAGAUUUGUGUUAUUAUGUUGUGCUAAAACAAGCCGUCAUCUGUUGAACACUUAUUUUUUUUCUGCCCACUUGCCAAAGCUUUUUUCUAGGAAUAUUUUCUCUUAAUUGUGAUAAGAAGUGCCAUGUUUGAAGAGAGAGGGGGGAGAAAACAAGGUACACUCAAAGCUCGAUAUAACGAACCCAGAUAUAACGAAAUAUUAGUGAUAACAAAUACAUGAAGAAUACUUUUGCAACAAAUACAGUGUUAGGAAUAUACCCUUAUAACGAAUUUUUGGAUAUAACGAACUUAUUUUCGUGUAGGAUGCAUUUUCGUUAUAGAGAGGUUUGAGUGUAGCUGCAUUGUGUGGGUUGUUUUCUGGCAAGUUUCUAUUGUCUUGCCACUUUAGGGAGUCUAACUGAAGCCAUUGUGUACUCGCAAAGAAAGUCACAUGACUAGCUCUCACUCACCUAAAAGUUGAUCAGUAUUGCAUGUUUAAUUUCCUUACCUUAUCAUAAUGCCUCUCUUCUUUUGCUUCGUUCAACUUAAUCAUUAGUAGCUGGUUGAAUGAACUUUGUUGAUUGGAGUUGCUGAAUAUAGUUUUGCUAUUAGUCGCCGGCGUAGCGAGUCUUCUAAGUGAGUCACUUUGUGUUGUAGCAAUAGCAACACCUGAAUCAUGCGAAUGUCAAGUACAGCAGGCUCUCAGUAAACGGAGCCUGAAGAGACCAAGAAAAUAUGUUCCAUUUAACAGGAGUUUCGUUUACUGAAAUGUGAACAUAGGGGCCGAAUACAAGCCCUAAACCAAGCGUUGCAGAGACAAUGGCUCCAUUUAAGCUGUAGUUCCGUUUAACAGAUUUAUGUUUACUGAGAGUCUACUACAGAUAGUUGUGCCUGUUUUUUUUUUUUUUCUUUUGUGCUUACAGUGACAUCUUUAUUUCAUACCCUUAGUUUCUUAAACAUGUUUAGUCUUGCUCAUUUAUCCUGUCGUAAAUUGUCAGCUUUUAUACAAAUAUUGCAGUUUUUGGGUUCUUUUCUGGUUUACUGGUAUCUUUAAUGUAAUUUGUUGGUCCAGUGCAUACAUUAAAUUGCUGUGUGCUGUUGCCAACUGAUGUCUGAGAUGAACGUAACCAGUUUGUACAUACUGCAAGUAAAUGGAGAUGGUUUAUCAGUAAAUUGUUUAAGCGCGGAAUGCGGUACUUGAAGUGUGCUGUGUACUUCCUUAGGCAAGAUUGUCUACUGUGAUACUCAGGAAGAUGCCUAGUGUAGAUUGGCUGCCUUGUGUAGUGUGAUAAUGCAAUCUGAGUUUCGUUGUAACAAAAGUGAAGGCCAUCUGCUAUGUGUGAUGUGAGUGUUAGAAAUCAUUGGUGUGAUCGUAUUAGGUGUAAUCAUCAUUGGUGUGACAAAUUACGCUGGUGGGUCUCUUGUUUUAGAUGACAUGAAAGUUGUCUGUACAGAACAUUUGAGUGUAAAUAACGUUUGUAGUUAGUUAUUUUUACUGUGAUGGUCUCUUGUAAAUAUUAGUCCUCUGGGAGGUUUGUUUAAGAUGUGUAAAGCUUUUCACUCUUGAAUAGUCUUUGAAGAAAGCGUGAUUUAGAAAUGGUGCUGCCCAUUAAUUAUCCAAUUUUUAAGCAGUCGCAGCAAUUCUGGUUUAUUUUCGAAACGCCUAGUGUCAGUGUUUAGUUACUUCAUUGAUGUGUUAUUUUAUUGAAAGACCAAGUACAUGUUUUUCCUCCUUCUCUUCACAUUCUUGAUGCUUCUAACUUCAUUACUGAUAUUGGCCUGCACAGUGCUGCAUUUCCAACAGGAAAGUUCGGUCGAGGUAAAGAGACUAUAGAAAUUUAAAGAAUAAAGGCCCGUUGUUGAUAUGCAUGCGAUGUACAGUGUUUUGUAUGAAACAGUCACUUGAUAGGCGUGCGUCUUAUCUCCUUGCUGGUAAAAAAGUAUUUUUCCACUUGUGUACGCAUGCAGUCAAGUUUCAAUGAAGGCACCGUUUUACAGGACUAACGUGUCACCAUUAGUUCAAAGUAGUGUGAGUCUUGUACUGCUCCAAGUUCAUUUUUGCCAUUAAUAAAGGUGUUUCAUUCAGCUGUCAUGACUG